AUGACAGAAAUAAAAAAGAAGUUAACUGGCAACCAGACUAUUCUGCCACUAAAGAUUACUGGAAAGGAAUCAGUAAAAACACAGGAUAAGGAGAAGAAGAAGAAGGAGAGUAUCUUGGAUCUCUCCAAGUACAUCGACAAAACGAUCCGAGUGAAAUUCCAGGGUGGGAGAGAAGCAAGUGGUGUCCUGAAGGGAUUUGACCCUCUUCUGAACCUUGUGCUUGAUGGUACCAUUGAAUAUAUGCGAGAUCCAGAUGAUCAAUACAAAUUAACAGAAGACACACGUCAGCUGGGACUUGUGGUCUGCAGAGGGACUUCAGUGGUUCUUAUUUGUCCACAGGAUGGAAUGGAAGCUAUUCCAAACCCUUUCAUUCAGCAGCAAGAUGGCUAAUGCUUUCUUUGGAUUGUCUCUGAAGACUUCAAGGGUGCAAAUCAUCAGAGAAAACUAUGAGUGUGUGAGAAGCUUCCUGUUUUGGAGGAGGAGUUUGAAUGUGUAUUUGGUAGUGUGAAAGAACAGUCAACAUUUUUUUAUUUUUGUGACUUUCCAUAAAUGAUGAGAGGAUGGGGUGUGGUAUGUAAGAAGUAAGUUCUGAUUCCUGCCACCCCCGCCAAAUAAAUGUGUAACUACAUUGUUUAGAGCCGACAGAAGAGAAUAUGUUGUCAUGGAAUUGUCUGAGACCCUCUUGAUCUUUGAGUUUUGAAACAACCACAUAAAAUUAGUAAAGAAUGCCCUCAAUAUUGGUUAUAUUGUUUACAUUUUUAAAUACAUUUAAAAUGUAUUUAAUCUAAAUUAAUCUAAAGCCUAAAUACAUUAGAACUUGUUUUCUUCCUCUCAGAUGUCAGUACUCAGCUGGGAAGCAUUGUGUUGUAGUCUUCCUGCUGUUGAGUUCAGUCUCCUGCCUGCUUGCUCCAGUGCAUGCAGGAAAAUUACUUUCCUUGUACAGUACCUUGUCAUCACCUUUACAAGCUGUGGAGCCAAGAAGUUCUUUCCUAACACUUGUUCCGGAUCUUGUGGGCUGUGAUCUGUGCGUCAGAGUGCUCCCACAUUUCUGCAGCAGAAGUGGAGACUUAACUUUUAGGGUGAUUCUUGGCUGAGUGACAUGAACCUUAUGGAAGUAUCUAUUUGAUACUUGGAAUUUUAGGGGAAGAAUAUUUAAGAUCCUAAUGUUCAGUUGUAGGCAGUGUCUGGAAAUACUGCAUAUCUUUUUAUAUUGUAGCUAUCCACUUGUGGUUAUGCUUGUUAUAACUUGAUUUGUAAGUAAGCAUUUUUAUUUCUUUUAUACUGCAGAAACAGCAAGAUUUGAGGACCUUUGAGUGAAUAAAUACAAAUUAAUCUGUU